UCCCGGCCCGGCUCCCGCUCACCGCGGGGCUCUUCUCGGAGGGAGCUGUGGGCUCGUGGUACAGCAUUCCUUUUCCCACGGCUGCCUUUUGGGUUGAACCUUUUAGGCUGUUGCCAGAUAUAAAAGUGUCUAGAAACACUCGCUUCGUCGGGUCAGGCUGGUGACCUGGAGUUUCAGGCGGUGAAUAGAGCUCUUAUUUCACUGAUAGAAACGGAUUGUGUUGAGCAGGAAAGAUGUGAGAUUAGAAGUUGUUUCGAUGUCCUCGCUGUGUUGGGGGUAAGGACCCAGCUCCCAUCCCGGCUGUCGGGCAUCCCUGGCUCCCCGUGGGCUCCCACUCCCAGCCUGAGGAAAUGGUGCUGAAGAGCAGCUGCCCAAAGCUGUGCUCAGCCCCGGAGGAUGUUCCAGAGCAGCUCCCAGUACUCGGACCACGGGGAGAUGUGACCCCCCCAUCGCAGCCAUUUCUCUGUGAGGAUUGGGGGAUCAUUGCUCCCACUCCUUGCACGGCUGCGCCUUUCAGGAAGCAACUUUAGGAGCUAAAAGGAAGCAGCGAGGUUUGAAAUGUUGAUAUCGACAGCAGCCCGUGGGCUCAGAGAUGGAUUCACCAGAAGGGGCUACAAUUAGAAGUGAGCAGAAGUUCAGGAAUGGAGAACUCUGUUCCUGCUGGGUUGGUUGGUGUUUUGCAGAAGUUCUGAAUGGCUCAGGUGAACUUCUGGAGUCAGUCCCUGAGCUCUUCAGGCAAGGCAGGAAAUGCGCCGUGAACAAUCAACACUUUUGUUUUCUGUGUUCAAGAAAAAGUCUUGUAAGAAAGCAGCCUCAGGACCUUCUUCUGGUAAUUGGGACAGGGGUGAGUGCUGCAGUAGCCCCAGGAAUCCCGGCACUCUGCUCCUGGAGGAGCUGCAUUGAGGCUGUCCUUGGAGCAGCUGAGCAGCUGGAGGUACUGCACCCCAGGGAUGUGGCUGAAUUCCGGAACAAAGUAAUCAAAGAGAGAGACCUGCUUGUGGUUGCGCAUGAUCUCAUCAGGAAGAUGUCACCACGUACUGGCGACACCAAGCCAAACUUCUUCCAGGACUGCUUAAUGGAGGUGUUUGAUAAUUUAGAACAACACAUUCAGAACCCUGUGGUUCUACAAUCCAUCCUGAGGCUUAUGGAAAGAGGCACGAUGGUUCUGACUACAAACUAUGAUAAUUUGCUUGAAAUAUUUGGUCAGCAACAGGGUAAACCUAUGGAAUCCUUAGACCUUAAAGAUAAGGAUAAGGUUCUUCAGUGGGCAAGGGGCCACGUAAAAUACGGAGUUCUUCAUAUUCACGGCUUAUAUACGGAUCCCUGUGGAAUGGUGCUUGAUCCCUCGGGAUAUAAAGAUGUUACUCAAGAUCCUGAAGUCAUGGAGGUUCUUCAGAACUUGUACCGAACCAAAUCUUUUUUGUUUUUGGGUUGUGGAGAGACUCUGCGUGACCAGAUAUUCCAAGCUCUUUUUCUUUACACAGUAAACAAAGUGGAUCUAGAACAUUACAUGUUGGUGCUUAAAGAAAAUGAAGACCACUUUUUUAAGCUCCAGGCAGAUAUGCUGCUGCAUGGAAUAAAAGUGGUGUCCUAUGGGGACUGCUUCCAACAAUUCCCAGAGUAUGUCCAGGAUCUGGCUGCUCAAAUCUGCAAACAGAGAAGUCCAGAUGCUGAACGGGUGGACAGCACAACGCUGUUGGGAACUUCAUGUGUGGACUGUGCUAAAAGGAAGUUAGGAGAAAGUGGCACUGAUUCUCCUAAGAGGAUAAAGCAGUCAGAUAAUGAUAUACCCAUUCUUGAAUGAAAACCCCAAACACCCAAGGCCCACCUCAGAAGCUUUUUAACAGUAGGUGUUUUACAUCUGCUGCAUGGAGAGUUUUCAGCUGUUAUUUCCAUGAUUUUAAGUGGAAUAAAAUUGCACAUACUAGCUUUC